AUGCCUGACACUACAACUUCGAAGGCGGCACAUGCAGUUUGGGGCAUCGCUGAACUUCUCGAGAUCAUCAUCUGUCAGGUCGAGCCACGUCAGAUACGCGAGUUGAAGCUUGUGUGCAAGGCUUGGCGCGACAAGGUGACGAUGUCGAGUGCAGUGCAGCGAAGUCGGGUCGUUCGCUGCUACGGAUGGCUGUAUGAGUACGAUGGAGAAGAGUCCGAGACCAUGGAUCUGCACCGACACAUGGAAGUGGUGUCUGGCGAGCUGGAUAGCGGUUUAGCGCCAAACUACGAUGCAACCUACUGGCUGCGAGUCAACCCCUUGUUCGACCGGGUUCACGCGAACUACUUCCGCGAUCUGGCGGAGGGCACGGAUAACAUACGGAUCAUGCUCGGGCUGUCAUCAUUUGGAAGCGAGAAGUAUGACGAUGCUGUCAAUCAAUAUGUCACGGAACCACCAAGCGAUUGCAUCGCCUUGCGCACAAUAAGCUGGGAUUCCGAUGGCAACGAAUGGGAUGUACUCAUUCAGGAUGUCCUGAAAGCACACCAAGAGUUUGUCGGAUCUCAGACUGUUCACCUCAGGAAGGACGAUCCUGAAGACUUCGAUCAUCAAUUGGCGACAGAGGUGUGGGCUUCUCUCACUAUCAAUGGUGAGACAGCGCAGAAAGCAGAAGAUCCAGAGGACUCUGCUGCGGCCAAGAAAUAUCUACAGAAGCCUCUGUCUCGAUAUAGACGGGCAACGCAUCGACCAGGGUCACUGCUUGACGCCGCCUUGGAGAAGGAUCGAGCGCUGACCACCGAGCUUUGCGAUAUGGCUGCCGCGCAGAAAGUCUUCGACACCAAUGAACUACUCGAGAUCAUCCUCUGUCAUGUCGAGCCCCAUCAGCUUCCAGACUUAAAACGAGUCAACAAGACCUGGCGCGCGACCAUCAAGUGCAAGGCAGUACAGCGCGAGCGAGCAGUCCCCAGCUACGAGUCAAAUGACCCACACCCGAAAGCUGAUCUCACAUCUAUGGGCCGGACCGAUCUCGAGUUGGCUAUCAACCAGGUCUUCCUCCUUCCAACUCUCGUGGUCCCGCAAUAUGACUCGACAGACUGGCUACGUCUCAAUCCUACUUUCAAGCUCGUGCAUACGCAUGCACACACCCACGACGAUGGCACAAAGGCUUACCAGGUCUUCAUCCAUCUUCCAGCCUCACAUUUUGCUCCGGCUUUGCGCCAUGCCCAUGAGUACAUCACCGACCCACCAUGUCGUAGCAUGGCCUUAGCGCGCAUGGCUUGGAACAAGAAGCUCGACUGCUGGUGUGUUCUAGAGAAUCAUCAGUACUUUUGGGCGGACAAUUAUGAGGGUCUGAAGGUGGAGGACCUGUUGGCGGUGCGCGAUCAGAUGAAUCUUGCUGAACCGCCAUCGUGGAGACUUCAAACAGCAGCCGGCCUUGAGGUGGUUGCUACAUUCAUUGUUGAGAGCUUGAGCAAGGGAGAGUGUGAUGCCGUUGAUCAGGCCUACCUCCUAAACCAGACCGCUGCUAUCGCUCGGUGGUGUUGA